CACCUUCGCUUCAUCCGACAUUCGUAAUUCGUUGUGGUAGUCAGAAGAAAAAUCUUGCAAUGAUUUUCAUCUAUAAUUUCUUUUUAUUUGUUUGUGAAUUUAAUUAAAAACUAAACAACAAGUAAACCCCCAACACUCAAAAGAGACAAUCCAAUCAUUUUUAAACUCCAGAAUAAACGAUCCACAAACCCUCUGUGAACCGUGGAAGAAGUAAAACCAACAAAUAAAAAGAAUCCAGGUUCUUCUUCUCUCCGAACUGCUUAGUCCUCAAAUUUGUUGCAUUUUUUCGCUAUUUGUUGCAUUUUCCUUUAUCACAAAAUCAAGCUGCCAAUAAACCCAAGAACCCCACCAAACUCUGCUUUUAAACAAAUAAUUUAUAAACUAAAAGAAAUAAAACAAAACUAAUUCACCAAAAGCAACUUUGAAUUAAUUAUGAAAUAAAUUUUGAAGUAGUUAUGUGAGUAGGAAAGUUAAUUAAUUUAUUGUGCCAUUAACUUGCCAAACGAGAAACUGUGUGCGAAAUAUAUGUAGAUAGCAUUCAGCAUCAGCAUCAGAAGCAGAUAGCAACAUAACAUAAAACAAACACAAUAAAAAUGGGAUAUGACCUACAUAGAUUCCAAGGCGAAGUCGACGAAGAGCUAACAUGUCCCAUUUGCUCGGGGGUCUUGGAGGAGCCCCUACAGGCUGCUAUGUGCGAACAUGCUUUCUGCAGGGUUUGCAUCAAUGAGUGGCUCUCACGACAGCCAUCUUGUCCAGUGGAUCGCAAUGCUCUGACCACUGCCAAUCUUCGGGCUGUUCCUCGCAUUCUGAGGAAUCUCUUAUCGCGACUUUCCAUUACGUGUGAUAAUGCGGCUUAUGGUUGCAAUCUUGUUCUUAAGCUGGAUGCAUUAAAUUCGCAUCUAGAAGAAUGUGAACAUAAUCCCAAGAGACCAUUGCCGUGUGAGAAGGGCUGUGGCUUUGUUAUACCCAAGGACGAAUUGAAGGAUCAUAAUUGUGUGAGAGAAUUGCGCACUCUAAUUCAUACACAACAACAAAAACUAACGGAAUUCAAGACCGACAUAACCGAUCAGAAUUUGACUAUAAACGAAUUGAAAAGAGAACUGCAACUGUUCAAGGACUUUAUGCGAGCAAUGAGAGUUUCUAAUCCGGCGAUGCGAGCAAUUGCCGAUCAAAUGGAACGAGACGAAGUCAUACGUUGGAGCAUCACUUUGGCUAGAGCCAGAGUUACCCGUUGGGGUGGAAUGAUAUCCACACCUGACGAUGCCUUGCAGAUGAUGAUAAAACGAGCAUUAUCAGAAUCAGGAUGCCCUCCACAUAUUUUGGAUAAUUUAAUGGAAAACUGUCAUGAACGUCGAUGGCCUCGAGGACUUAGUUCUUUAGAAACCAGACAAAAUAAUAGAAGAAUAUAUGAUAAUUAUAUUUGCCGAAGGAUUCCAGGUAAACAAGCAGUUUUAGUACUUAGUUGCGAUAAUGCUCACAUGUCAGAAGAUGUCAUGGUUGAUCCUGGUUUGGUUAUGAUUUUUGCUCAUGGAAUAGAAUAAGAUUCAUCAAUUUAUCAUUAAACAAACAAAAAAAUGUGCUCUGAUUAUUAUUUUCACUGUUUUAAACUUAAACAAACAAAAAAAAAGAAAUUUUAAGAAUAUUUUAGUUUAAAUGCUAUUUGUAGUAUACGAUCUCAAAAAAAAAAACAAACAAACAAACAAACAAGAACCUUUAAACUAAACAACAAACUACAAAAUUAAACUGUAUGUUUUAUUUAAUAAAAUUGUCAGUAAUAUUA